CGAUACGGUACACCUAAUCAAUACGAUACGCGUAUGUAUCGUACGCGUAUCGCACGUAUCGUGCGAUACGGUGGGCGUAUCGCACGAUACGUGCGAUACACCCCCGUAUCGCACGAUACGGGAGUAAAAUUAAAAAAGGGGCCGUCGGGCCCCUUUUUUGCUUCUUAUUCUCAAACCGACGCUCCUCUCUCUCUCUCUUCUUGUUUCUCAACGCUGCCAGAGACGUGGGAGGGAGAGAUUUUCUCCAUUGCAUCAAGAUUUGCCGGUGAAGAAGCUUCAUUCCUCGUUGUGGGGAGUCUUGGGACGGUGGGAAGCUUGGAGAAAGAGGGUUUUUUGGUUUUUAACACCAAGAAGGUAAGAAAUAACUCAUUUUUGCCGUUGAAUCGUUCAUUUCUCUUAUUUCCUACAUUUAUUUGUAUGUUUUUACUUGUUUUGUAAAGAUAUAAUGUCGGAUCCUGCAUGGCAGUGGUGUACAAGGGUGAAUCCCAAAAAUAGAUUAAGAGUUAAGUGCAAUUAUUGUAAGCAAAUCAUAUCAGGAGGGAUUUCUCGCUUUAAACACCAUAUAGCUGGUACACACAGCGAUGUGGCUGCCUGCAAUGGCUCCCAAGAGAUCCCAUUGCCAGCGUAUGUAAAGCACCAGUGUCAGCAACUUCUUGAUGCAGUGAAAGCAAGUAGGAUUGAAAAGGACAUGGAAGAUGCGGAGGAAGGAUAUGGGGACCCACAUGAAGGAGAAGAAAGUGAAGGUGAAGAUGUUCAACUUGAACAAGAAGAUGUUGGUGUCAGUUUGGAAACAACUAAAGGGAAAGGUAUCAUGCAUGGUGGUGGUUCUUCUGCAACCAGAAAAAGAAGAGGUGCAAGUGUAAGUUCAGUUUCACGAGGACGUGGCAGAAGUCAGGGUCGUACUGGUGGUGGUAGAGUACCUACUAUGAAGUCGAGCAAUAUGUCUGGUUCGAUCAAGAAUUUUUUUCCCAAUUAUACUGCUGCUGGUGCUCAGCCUGAGAUUCGUAUAGCCAUGCAAUCAAAGGAUAUUAUUGAAGCAGCAGAUGAAACCAUAGGAAGGUGGUUCUAUGAUGCAUCCAUUCCCUUCAAUGCAGCAAACUCUUAUCAUUAUCAGCCUAUAGCAGAUGCGAUUGCUAGUGUAGGGCGAGGAUAUAAAAUGCCCUCUUUUCAUAAAUUGCGAGGUAAAAUUCUCAACAAUAUAGUUAGAGAUGUGAAGACAUAUUGUGAUGAACUAAAAUUGAGCUGGAAAGCUACAGGAUGCAGUGUAAUGGCAGAUGGGUGGACAGACAUCAAGAACAGAACAUUGGUAAACUUCCUUGUAUAUUGCCCUCUUGGUACUAUGUUCUUAAAAUCUGUUGAUUUGUCUGAUACUCCUAAGACUGCUGAUGUGUUGUUUGGGAUUUUUGAUAAAGUUAUAGAAGAAGUUGGGCCUGAAAAUGUCGUACAAUUUAUCACUGAUAAUGCAGCAAAUUAUAAAGCUGCAGGUGAAAUGUUAGCAGCACGAUAUGGGACAUUUUAUUGGAGUCCAUGUGCUGCUCACUGUGUAAAUCUUAUGCUUCAGGAUCUUGGUGAAAGGGAUGAUAUGAAGUUGACAGUUCACAGAUGCCAAGAAAUCACGAAGUUUAUUUACAAUCAUGCUUAUGUCUUGAAUUUGAUGAGGAAAUUCACAAAUGGGGCUGAAUUGAUUCGACCUGCACAAACACGGUUUGCUACAAAUGUUUUGACUGUGCAGGGUAUAGUCAAGCAAAGAACUUCUCUCAGGCAGAUGUUUUCAAGUGAUGAUUGGGCUGCAUAUCCACAUGCCUAUAAAAGAAAGGCUACGACAGUUGUGGAUACCAUCUUCGAUGUUGACUUUUGGGAAUCAUGUGUGCACUUAUUGAAGAUUUGUGUACCUCUAGUGAAAGUCCUCAGAUUAGUUGAUAGUGAAGAUAGACCUUCUAUUGGAUAUUUAUACGAGUCUAUGGAUAGAGCCAAGGAGGCCAUUAGAGAUAAUAUGAAGGGAAAAAAGAAGUUGUACAUGCCUAUAUGGAAGAUUAUAGAUGAAAGGUGGUCUGGACAACUUCAUCACCCACUUCAUGCAGCAGCCUACUACCUAAAUCCUGCUAUUAGAUAUCUUUCCACUUUUAAGAAGGACAGAGAGGUCGAGUAUGGCAUGUUGGAUUGCAUUGAUGUGUUAGUAAGUGACAGUAAAGAACAAGACGCUAUCCAUAUGUCGAUCAACAAAUAUGAUACGGCUUCUGGUACCAUGGCGAGAGACACAGCAGUUCGAUGCAGGACAACUAUGCGUCCAGAUUUGUGGUGGGAAAGGUUUGGGCCUGAUUGCCCAGAAUUAAGGAAGCUUGCAAUUAGAAUCCUCAGUCAAACAUGUAGUGCAACUGGAUGUGAAAGAAAUUGGAGUGUAUUUCAGCACAUCCAUAGUAAGAAGAGGAAUAGGCUGGAACAUAAAAGGUUGAAUGACCUUGUUUAUGUUCGUUAUAAUAUGAAGUUGAGACAAAGGCAACUAGAAACAACAUCUACGAGGAAGCAUCACAAUCAAUAUGAUCCUAUCUUCAUUGACCAUUUUGAUAUAUUAGAUUCUUGGGUUGAAGAAGAACCAGCUGCAAUACUUGAUGAGGACGAUCUUGAUUUUUUGAAUGUUGAAGGAGCAGCAGAGAUUGUUGAAGAAGGAGAGGCUGGGGGGAGCAAUGGAAUGUUGGUGACAUUCCAUUUGCAACAGAGGGGAUAGAAGAAGAAGUUAAUGAAGGAAGUGAAGAUGAUGAUGAAGAAUGAAGAUGAUGAUGCAAAUGACGAUUGACGAUGCUUUUUGUUUUGAGUUUUGAAAACUAUGUCAAUAUGUUCUGAGUUUUGACUUCUGAACUUAUGAAUUGUGAUGUAAUUGAAUACUCUUAGGUUGUUUAGUAUGUUAUUUUGUUUUUUGAAUGUUUGAUUUCUUAUUUUGGAAUGUCUUGUUCAUAUGCAUACCUCAUACUUCAUAGUUCAUAUACAUGAAUGAUGAAUGUUCCUUUAAAUACAUUUUUCUUGAAUUUUUCUGAUUUUUACUAGUUUUUUCGGAUUUUUUUAGAUUUUUUCUGAUUUUUUUCUAUUUUUUAUAAAUUUUUAAUAUUUUUUACAAAUUAAAAAAUUAAUUUUACGAUACGUUACGAUACAUUUACGCUACGUUACGAUACAGCGUAUAGGUCGGCCCGACCGAUACA